UUGCAACACCUGGAUUGUUUUAUCUGGAUGAAAUCAAACUUUUGAUAAUGCAGUGCAGGUUUUAUAUGAAGCAGGUGCUUCGACUUAAAGAAAAUCCAGAUUGUUCUGCACAAUAAAAGUGAUUCUCAGGAAACUAAAUUAUAGCCUGAAGGGAAUUAGUUCUGAAAAAAAGAUGAAUGGGCACACAUGCAGUCUUUGCAGGGGGUUUCAGUCCCCCCCACUAUCAAUAUAACAGGAUAUUACAGCAUCUUCUCCUACUGGAUUAAGUUAACCUCCAGGGUUGAAGCCCCCCUCCGAUGAAUCAUCUCCUAACUCGUUUAUAGCUUCAGGUGGAAUCAUGCACAUUUUACAGAUUUCAAACAAACCAAGUCGAUUUUUUUUUCCAAAGACCUCUUCGCCAAUGGCGCGCCAGCACACGCGCGUGUUCCCUCCCUUACGCGCGCCACGGAGAAGUUAUUAUGUAAGAUAUUCCCAAUCACAUCUCCGCAGGAGUCACGGGCAUGAAGUGGCUUUGAGAGGGUUUUUUUUUCAGGACCCACCUUCCUCCUCCUCCUCCUCCACCACAAACUCCACCGAGUCUCACCUGAUGCGCAGCGGAGCCUGGAAUCCCGGAGGAAAGAAGAUUUCGCGCUUUCAGAGCAUAUUCUUAAAGGCGGCUUUGAUUGGGUAAACAUGCUUGGUUUCAUUUGGACAGGAGUGCGCCCCUCUCACGACACUGGAGUCCCUGCCGCUUGGCUGGAGCGCAAAUCGACGCGCACAAACACACUGGGAUCCACGAGAAGCUGCACAGACCUGGGCAAAAGAAGACUGCCAUAAAGACUACCAGAGAUUAAAGGCCGGAGAAGAUGCAAAUGGUAUUCAUUAAGUAAUUACAUCAGGUGUGACAGAGUAAAUCCAUUUUGUCCUCUGGCAUUGGAGACAGUCUGGAAAAUCCAUCAUGGAGCCGCAGCACAACAGCAAUCACAACCAAGCCCUGUGGCGAGAGAUCCCCUGGGAUUCCAGCGACGACUGCUCGCUCUCCAUGAGCGGCACCACCUUCCUCAUCGUCGCCUACAGCACGGUCAUGGCCGUGGGACUAAUUGGCAACUCUUGCCUGGUGUUUGUCAUCGCGCAGCAUAAGGAGAUGCACAAUGUUACCAACAUAUUAAUUGCCAACUUGUCUUGUUCAGACAUUCUCAUGUGCAUCAUAUGCCUGCCAGUCACUAUUAUCUACACACUGAUGGACCACUGGAUCCUGGGAGACGCUCUGUGCAAGCUCACACCCUUCAUCCAGUGUAUAUCUGUGACUGUCUCCAUCUUCUCCCUGGUCCUCAUCGCCAUGGAGCGCUACCAGCUCAUCGUUCAUCCCACUGGAUGGAAACCUUUGGUGGGCCAGUCCUACUUGGCAGUGGCUGUCACCUGGAUUGUGGCCUGCCUCAUUUCAGUGCCUUUCCUCUCGUAUAGCGUGCUUACCUUUCCGUUCCAGAACCUGAGCAUCCCCAUCCCCGUUACUGAGCAACUGGUUUGCAUGGAAAUGUGGCCGACUGUUCAAGGAAGGCGAGCUUACACCACCUCCCUGCUGGUCUUCCAGUACUUCCUGCCCCUCACCCUCAUCCUGAUCUGCUACCUGCACAUCUACCUUCGCCUCAAGAGGAGGAAGGACAUGGUGGAGCGUGGCAGGAAGAACAAGGGUUCCGCCAGGAUCAACGCCAUGUUAAUCUCUAUCGUGGUGGCGUUCGGCCUCUCCUGGCUUCCCCUCAACAUCUUCAACACGGUGUUUGACUGGAACCAUGAGGUGAUUCCAACCUGCGGCCAUGACAUCAUCUUUUCGUUUUGCCACCUCAUGGCCAUGAUGUCCACCUGUGUCAACCCCAUCAUCUAUGGGUUCCUCAACAGCAACUUCCAGAAGCAGCUGAAGUCCACAGUGCUGCGCUGCCGCUGCUGGGGGGUAACGGAGCGGUACGAGACCAUCCCGCUGUCCACCGUCAGCACAGAGGUCACCAAGGGAUCCAUCUUGAGUAAUGGAUCUGUUGGCAUCAACACAUAAACUCGAGCGAAGGGACAAAGAUGUCCGCAGAUGCAGCUCGGCCAUCAUCCUGUCAUCAUUCAGUGCUUUUGUUUUUGCUUUGCUCAAGGCAAUUGAAAAGUUUACAAAGCCGUAAACUUUACAACAGCAGUGCUGGGAAAAAACAGCGAACACUCAGCCAGCCAGUUUGUCCCAGAUUUUUUUUCAUUUUUAUGAGUCUACAUGUCAUCGGAAGUAGAUAACAGAGAGACGGUGCAGGCUGAACAACUACAAGUACUGGAGGACAAGCGAGGACUCUUUGUGGGGAAUAUUUGAACUUUUAUUUGACUGUGGGUGUAAACAAACAGGCAGCCUUUUCAUCUGAUAUGCAUAUAGACUGUCUGUUCUCUUGGGUCCAGAGAUCUCGUCACCAGUUGUGUUUACAUGGAUAUCAGCUGUUAUCGGAGGCUUAGCACUCUUUCACCUGCUGUAAAUGUUUCUGCCAGAGAGAGGGAACAAAGGCCACUGUAAAUGUUUUUUUUUCUGGAAUAUAGCUUUUUUAUGUUUAUGGGAUCCUUGGAAAAUAUUCAGUGACCUGUGUUGUGUUUAUAAUUAUCAAUGGAAAAAUGUAUUACAUCAUAAAAGGAGCGAGCAAUAUAGUGCACAAGCUCCAGAAAACAUGCAUUCAGUCGUAAACCAUCCUAAUGCCUUUUGUAAUCCUUUAACUCACUAAGGUGCAACAGUCUUUGGCAGAGAACCUUGGUCACAGCUGUAAACACCUCAUGCCUGACAAGGUCUGAACCUAUACAGCACUAUAGAGCGCGAUGGUUUCUCAUAAAAGUGUCCAUCCAUCUGUUUGGGGUCAUCAAAAUCUACUCCAGCUGUCAUCGGGCGAACGGAGCUGCACACUGGACAAGUCGCCAGUCCAUCAAAGGGUCACCCAAAGACAAACGAGACACAAAGCAGUCACGUCUGUGGUUCUAGGCACAAAUCUGUGUCGGUAACUAUCGGUAACUAUACUAACUUUUUGAACUAUUGGAGGGAUAGGAAUGAAAAAGUUCCCACAGGAUGACACCACACGGGACAGAAACUUUUAUUUUGACAGAGCUCACAACCCUGCAACCAUGAUGCUAGUCUCAUACAGUGUGUCAUUUAAAGCUUUAUAAAAACAAGCAGUGGUAGAGGACUUUUUGUAGGAGUUGUAUUUAACACAAAAUAGUUACUUAAUGCUGAUGAUCUGCAUUAAAGAGCACUUGGUAACAUUAAAAAUGUCCCUCAGUAACCUUCUGCUUUCAAUUUUUCUGUUAUAUUUUGUUGCAUUAAAUCACAUUUUUAUCUUUCAAGACAA